ACCAAACAUUAUUACAAUCCAAUGCGUAGCUCGUGCGAAACAUAAAAUGGCUACUGUUAUUUACGGAUUAGAUGCUUUUGGUAUUAAGCUGGACUCUGCAGCGAAAAUUUUUAAAAAAAAAUUUGCUUGUGGCUCAUCUGCUGUUAAAGGUAAGAAAAAUGUCCUAUGCUUUAACAAUUGAGUGUUAGUAUAUGUUUUGUAUUAACUCCACGGGUUUAAGUCAUCUUAUUUUGCACGUUAUAGGACUUCCUGGGCAAAAAGAUCAUGUAGAAAUUCAGGGGGACUUUGAAUCAGAAGUUGCGAGCGUUUUAUGUAAAAAUUUUAAAGAGGUCGUUAAACACUUUAGAAACAUUUUAAAAUUGACUCUUCAACUCAUCUUGUGAUAUUGUAGAUACCUGCUGAUUCUAUUGUACAUCUUAAACAUAAAUAAUUGUUGUUAAGUUGCCAAGCCAAACUAAUAAGCUUUUUUCUUUUUUAUCAUGCUAUAACAUAAAGUUCAGACUAACAAUGCUUGUCUUUUCUGCACGUAUUCAAUUUCAAAGAUGCCACAAAGAGAGCUAGUCAAACAUUAAAAAAUAAAAUUUUGAGAAUAUGACUCUUUUUGAUAGUAUGAAUUUUGUCUUUUAUGGUUCAAUCUGUUAUUUUUUUUUAUACGGUAAGCUUUUAAGCUUUUUUUUCUUAGAGGAUCACAAUUCUUACAUCCUAGUACAAGCCGAAUCAUUACAGAAGAAUCGUAUGACGAUAACGACAUCAACGACAAAGGUAACACCCUCUUAUGUAUAUGCAGGAGAUAAGAAUUUUUCAACUUUCAAGCUAGCGAAAGAAGAAUUUGCCCCUAUAUAUCAGCACGUUUUUUUUGAAAGGAAAAAAAAUAGAAACAAAAAAAAACUAACGUCGGCCCUACUUCGUUCAGAGGCUUCAAUUAAUGAAGGAAAAAACGAUGAACGAGAAGACGAUAGUAGAAAAAGUGAAAAAAAACACGAUGAAAACAAUGAGAACACGGAUGAUGGAAGAGAAGAGCUAAAGGAUGGAAAAGAAGAGGUAAAGGAUAUAAAAGAAAAUGUAAAGGAUAGAGGAGGAGAAGAAGAAGAAGUAAAAGAUGAAAAAGAAAAAGUAAAAGAUGAAAAAGAAGAAGUAAAAGAUGAAAAAGAAGAAGUAAAAGAUGAAAAAGAAGAAGUAAAAGAUGAAAAAAAAGAAGUAAAAGAUGGAAAAGAAGAAGUAAAAGAUGGAAAAAAAGAACCGAGCGAAAGUGUCAUAAAUACCGAGGAAACAGUUGAGGACAAGGGAACGAACAACGAAGAAAUUAAGGAUAAAAAAAACUCUAUUACAGAGAUCAAAGAGAGAACGAAGAAAGAAGCAGAUAAUGUUAAGACGGCAGACAAAAAUAUUGAUGAUCACGACAAGGAAACUGACAAAGAUGAUAACGAGAGUGUAGCGACUGAGGAACAUUCAAAGAAUAAAGGAAGCUCCAGUAUUUUCUCGUUUUUCAAUUCCAAAAUAGCCGCCCUUAGAACUCCUAACGUAGAUCCAAGUGGGAUUCCUAUGACGCACACCGCCCCAUUACAAAAUCCUAUUCCAGGUAGUUCUAAUUCGGUGAAUUUUAUUCCAGGCCCUUCCAGUCCACCAAAACCCUUGCAAAGUUUUUCACUAUCAAUGCCUUUUACCGUUCCAAGAGAUGAAAGAUUAAGAACAUCAACGGUUUUAAUCUUGAUUGUCUCACUUAUCCUUCUUAUUGUUUUAGGUGUUGGAUGGUUUGCUUACAAAAAAUUCAAGUAUGUUGUCUUUUUCAUUAUUCAAUUGUACUCUUAUAAGAAUUCAUAUCAUCAAUUAUAUUUUAUAGAAAACGAUCUACAAACGACCUAAGUUUCAGUUCUAAUCCAACCAUGUGAAUGUAGUAUUUUUAUCCGCGUUAUCAACGUGAUGUUUUUUUACUAGUACUACUCUAGCAUUUGAUUUUUUUUCCUUGAGAUUAUGACACGUUUUUUUUAACAUUACUAGAAUUAUUGUUAUUAACACUGGGUUUUUUUAUACACAGCAAAAAUACUACU